AUGUAUGUAUUAUUUUUAUCAUCAUCAUCAUUAACAACAACAACAACAACAACAUCAUCCUCAUCCUCAUCAUCAAUUAAAAAAAAAAUGGUAUCAGGAGUAGGAAACAAUCGAUUGAGAAAGAAGUUUGUUUCUGAUUUUUCAUAUUAUUUUAAUAAUCCUGAAUUGUCAGAUAUCACUAUAAGUGUGGUGGGAGACCCAUUGUCGGGAGGACUACCAACAUGUAGUUCGCCAUCAGCUUUGGAUAUGCAAUCGUGCAAACCAGUAUCCAUCACCCCUUCACCCAUCCAAGACUAUGGAAGUAAUGUCGUUGUCGAAUCGUUUCAUGCCCAUAAGUUUGUCUUGUCUGCUCGUUCACCAGUCUUUAUGAGAAUGCUUUCAUCAGCACUCAUCGAAUCCAAAUCAUCUACCAUCAUUACCCAUUUCCCAAAAGAAACUAUCUAUAGUGUCUUGAAAUAUUUAUAUACUGGUAAAGCCGACCUAACCCCAACCACUGUCCUAGAUAUCCUAUCUUCUGCCGAUUAUUAUAGUUUAGAAGAUUUAAAAGAUUUUUGUGGAUGGUAUUCAUUAAGAACAUGUUUAGAAGGAGAUGAAGAGAUGGAUAUAUGUAAAGUAUUAUAUGCAGCAGAAAAGUUUAGAAUGGAAAAGAUUAAAAGUUUAUGCUUUGAUUAUAUCACUCAACAUUCAAUGGAUAUCCUCUUGUCGUCUCCCAACUGGCAUUUACUGUCCGAGGAGAAUGUUAUUUGUAUUCUUAGACAGGACAGUCUCCGUGUUCCAGAGGUUGAAAUAUUCGACUCUUUAGUUCGUUGGGCAAAGAAACAAUAUUCAAUCCUAAGAGACAUUUCAUUUCAAGAAUUUGAUGAAAUGGAUUUCUUGAAAAGAAAAUUACAAAAACCUUUACAAUGUAUUAGAUUUGCAAGUAUGUCACCAUACCAAUUAAGUAAUCAUAUUGAACCAACUAAUUUGGUGGAUAGUGAAAUAUUAUUUGAAUCGUAUCGGUGUUUGGCGACGAAACAACAACCACGUCGAGAGUGUUUGGGAAGGUUGCGUGACGGUGUACAAGAUUUUAGUUUUGUGACGUUGGGAGAUACGAAUGGAAUUAUGUAUUAUUUUGGGACGUUCAACGGGACACAGGAAUUUGAAAACCCAGUUGCUAGACAAUUGGCCAAUGUCACGUCGUCGACUAUGAGUAUUGGAUAUCCACACCCAUUCACAGGUCGAACACCAACCAACAUGUAUACAGACAAGCUAGACAAUUCACAUCUCACAGUAGAGUUGUCCAACAAGUAUGUUCUCUGUCCAUCCUACUACAGCAUGCGAUAUGCUGGUGAUAGUCAAGGAUCAAUAUAUGCGGCACCAAAGAAUUGGAAGUUACUUGGAUCACUCGAUGGAGAGAACUGGGAUUGUCUCAAAGAUCACAAAGAAGAUAUCAGUCUCAAAGAAGGCUACUCGAUCGCUGGCUGGGAGGUUGACUCUACACAUUCAUACCGUCAUUUUAGAAUUCAAAUGACUGGUCCAAAUCAACGAGAUGGAAACGAACUGUGUGUUUGUUGUUUUGAAAUUUAUGGUCGAUUGGUUAAACUAGAAGAUGAUUUUGAUUAUCUAUUAAAUCCAACUGAGGAAAAUGAACAAGAUCCAUCAAAUACAAUCAUUCAAGAGGAGCGACAUGAUGAUGAAGAUGAUGAUGAAAAUCAAAAUAAUCAAAAUCAAAAUAAUAAUAAUAAUAAUCAAAACAACGAAGAAAUGAAUGAUAAUCAAAUGGAUACUGAUCACCAAGAAGAAGAAGAAUAA